UGCCUACCUGCGGGCUGCAGCCGAGGCCCCGCUCUUAGUCCCGCUGCCCGGCCUCGGGGUCCGGGACUGUGCGCGCGGCGCCUCAGGCAUCGCGGCGGGCAGCCCGGGCUCCGGCGCGCCGCGGGUGUGGGAAGACCCCGGCGCCGGCCGUGGCGCAAGAGCCGGUGGACGCGGCUGUGGCGACGGCGACCGCGACCCACGGCGACCGCGACGGGCGUUGCGAGCGAGCGAGCGAGCGAGUCCGCUUCUUCUCGUCUGUGGGUCGUACUUCUUCGGCGGUGCUCCGGUGCUGACUGGUUAUAGGGCAGCCGGCGCCAUGUCUGUGAGCGAGAUCUUCGUGGAGCUGCAGGGCUUUUUGGCUGCCGAGCAGGACAUCCGAGAGGAAAUACGAAAAGUCGUACAGAGUUUAGAACAAACCGCUCGAGAGAUUUUGACCCUACUUCAAGGGGUCCAUCAGGGCACUGGGUUUCAGGACAUUCCAAAGAGGUGCUUGAAAGCUCGAGAACAUUUCAGUACUGUAAAAACACAUCUGACGUCCCUGAAGACCAAGUUCCCCGCCGAACAGUAUUACAGGUUUCACGAGCAUUGGCGGUUUGUGCUUCAGCGCCUGGUCUUCCUGGCAGCCUUUGUGGUAUAUUUGGAAACAGAGACCCUGGUGACCCGAGAGGCCGUUACAGAGAUUCUUGGCAUUGAACCAGAUCGGGAAAAAGGGUUUCAUCUGGAUGUUGAAGAUUAUCUCUCAGGAGUUUUAAUUCUUGCCAGUGAACUGUCCAGGCUGUCUGUCAACAGUGUCACUGCUGGAGACUACUCCCGGCCCCUUCACAUCUCUACUUUCAUCAAUGAGCUGGAUUCAGGUUUUCGCCUUCUCAAUCUGAAAAACGACUCCCUGAGGAAGCGCUAUGACGGCUUGAAGUACGAUGUGAAGAAAGUAGAGGAGGUGGUUUAUGACCUUUCCAUCCGAGGCUUCAAUAAGGAGACAGCAGCAGCUUGUGGUGAAAAAUAGGAGCUUUUCCCUGGGGCUGGCCCUGCUGGCUCUGCAGUUGCCAGGGAGGGCUAGCACAGUGCCUCUUCCUGUAGUUAGCACACCAGUUGCUAAACACUGCGCUUUAUUUUCGUAACCAGCUGUGUGGUGUGAGUAUCAGAAUUGAAGUACUUUUUGGAUCUUAUUAAAAAAAAGAAAAGGAAAGAAAAAAGGAAAAGAAACCUUUCCAUGGAUGGUUUUUGUUGAGGUUUCAGUGCACUUGUUGUGUUGUCGUUGUAUUACCAUUUGUCAACAGUGUAAAUGUUGGUCCCUUGGUAAAAGUCCAGACUGUUGAUGUAUUGAUUGACAGGUUUGUUGUCUUGUGACUCUCCCACAAGUAAACAAUGAUGUUUUCUAGGUCCAGAUUAGUCCUUCGUUUCCAGUUGUAGCCUGGAUACAGUGUGAGAAUAGAAUGGUUGACAAGCACGGGAACUUUAUUUUCCCCAUCUUAUGUUAAGCCUUGUAAGUUAGUUGAAUUUUUUUGCGUAGGAAAUUUGAGGCCCUGAUUCUCUCCCUGCUACUGAAAUAGAGCAGAUGGAACUGUACAGUACCACUCGGCAAGGACAAGGCAGAAAGACCCUCUGAUACAGUGUUGUGCUGAUGUCUUGUGUUGGGUUAGAGCAUCUAUUUUCUGACGUCACCUUACAUCCUGUCUGCCGUAGCAGUUAGUUUUACACCAGUCUAGAGUUAACACCUGUGUGCUGUAUUUGCAAACUGAGACCUUUUCCCAGCAGCCAGCUAGAGCUGGUCUGGGAGUAGGAAGCCAUCCUCAUGUAUUUAUUUGUUAUCUGUACUGAGGAGUGUGUUCUUAGAGAAAUCAGUGCUGUUUGGUGUGGUAGAAAGUCAAAUUUGGUUUUAAAAAAUUCAUGUGAUUGGCAGUAUGUUUUGGAAUAAGAAAUUGCAGGUUGUGAUUCUAUCAGUACAUUUAAAAUGUAUAGUUUAGGGUAGCCAUAUAAACUUUGUGGGCUCCUCUAUCCCGUCUCUUUUCCAGAUAGCGUAAGAAUUCAUAUCUGGCCAUUCUUGGGGUAGAACUGAAAUUAUUAAAGUCAAGACUGGUGAUCUAGCUUUUAGUGAUAGACUUGUUUGACUGGUGUGAGGCACUGAUCCAUCUUAGGACUUCAAAAAACUGAAGAAAAAAAAAACCCAACAAAAAUAGUGUAGUUUUUUGCACCCUCUGACGGGAAGCUGCUGGCAUUACUGGUGUAAUAGGAAGUAUUCAAGGGCGCCACCCUUUCUUGUUUGGUAGCAGUUUGGGCUUCAUGUUUGUGCAGUGGGAUAUUUGACACUGGUUUUUAUCAGGCCGUGGUUAAAGACUAACUGGAAAGUGGGGUCUGAGAGUAUAGGCCUGUGCUCCCAGGAGGUUGAGACAGGAGGCUGGCAAAUUCAAGGCUUCAGGGGUAGCCUGGCUAAUUGAGUGAGAUCCUGUGACAAAAAGCCAACCAACCAACCAAACAAACAAAAAACCGAUCAGAAAGAUUGGGGGUAUGUUUCAGUGACUGUUUUCCUCGAAUGUCUGAGGCCUUGGGUUCAACCCCUCAUUGUGCAGCAGCGUGGCGGGAGACUGACUCUAAUUUCCCGUCUUGAGGAAUGAUCUGUGAUUGUUGUAUAUUGUUGGACUUGUAGACUAGCCUUCUUAAAGGUUCUUUUUGCAGGGUUAGAAUAAGAUACUAGGCUACUUUUGUUAGUUCACCCUUUGAGACAGGGUUUUGCUGAUAGUCCAGGCUGGCCUGGAACUCUCGCCUCUGUCUCCAUUUCCUGAGUUCAGGUGUAGGCUCUUGAAAGUGUCUGGGAAGGUAGAGGCUUUUCAGCCGCAUGGUCAGUUAGAGACAGGAGGUUCCACAGGCUCUUGCUUUGUUGGUUAAGUGUGGGUUCUGCUAGGUAUCAUUAAAGCUCUUGUCAAAGGUUUCCUGUUUUCCUAUCUAGAGACAGAGGUUGUGAUGUCCUGCCCUCAGUGCUGUCUAGGUUGGCCUCCACCUCCACCUCCUGGGUUAAAGCCCCCGCUUGCCUCAGCCUGUGAAGCAGCUGGGACUCUAGGUCAGUGCCAUCACACAGAACUCUUGAAAGUCAGUUUCAGAUGCAAUGGGCAAAUUGCACUUAAAAGUGAAGGAGUAUGUUCUAGUGUUGUGAUUCUACUGGAGAGUGUAGAAGUGUCAUAGUGAUAAGUAGUUGUGUUCAUUACUGCCUUGUAAAGCAAUAAAACUGUUUUUGGUCUCUUUGUAAA